CGUCCCGGCGCUGAAGUCGCGCGGCGAGUCCGUCCUCCCGGGUUCGGGGGCGGGCCCCGGGAGGUCAAAGGGGAAGGGUCGCCAAGGUGGCGUCUCCCGCGCGGCUCGUGCUGCCGCGGUAGAGCGGCGGUUGGCGUUGCCGGCCCGGCGGGGGGCGUAUCGGGCUCUGCUGGGCCAAUGGCCCCGACUCCGCUGCUCCUCGCUGGGGGCCGGGGCUGGCAGAGGCUCCUGGGGCCCCAGGGGGAGCUGCUGGUGCAGGGACUUCAGGGGUCUCAGAGGGGGCUGUUGGGGCCCCUGGUAGCCCAGAGGGGGCUGCAGGUGUUGGGUUCCCAGGUAGCCCAGAGGGGGCUGCAGGUGCUGGGGUCCCAGAGGCAGUUAUUGGGGUCCCAGGUAGGUCAGAGGGGGCUGCAGGUGUUGGGUUCCCAGAGGCAGUUAUUGGGGUCCCAGGUAGGUCAGAGGGGGCUGCAGGUGCUGGGGUCCCAGAGGCAGUUAUUGGGGUCCCAGGUAGGUCAGAGGGGGCUGCAGGUGUUGGGUUCCCAGAGGCAGUUAUUGGGGUCCCAGGUAGGUCAGAGGGGGCUGCAGGUGCUGGGGUCCCAGAGGCAGUUAUUGGGUUCCCAGGUAGCCCUGAGGGGGCUGCAGGUGCUGGGGUCCCAGAGGCAGUUAUUGGGGUCCCAGGUAGCCCUGAGGGGGCUGCAGGUGCUGGGGUCCCAGAGGCGGUUAUUGGGUUCCCAGGUAGGUCAGAGGGGGCUGCAGGUGUUGGGUUCCCAGAGGCAGUUAUUGGGGUCCCAGGUAGGUCAGAGGGGGCUGCAGGUGUUGGGUUCCCAGAGGCAGUUAUUGGGGUUCCAGGUAGCCCAGAGGGGGCUGCAGGUGCUGGGGUCCCAGGGGCAGUUAUUGGGGUCCCAGGUAGGUCAGAGGGGGCUGCAGAUGUUGGGGUCCCAGGUAGGUCAGAGGGGACUGCAGAUGUUGGGGUCCCAGGUAGCCCAGAAGGGGCUGCAGGUGUUGGGGUCCCAGGUAGGUCAGAGGAGGCUGCAGGUGCUGAGGCCCCACAGGGGGUUAUUGGGGCCCCAGAGGGAACUGCCGCUGCAAGGUCUGUCCAGAGGCUUUGGCAAGGUAGCCAGGACCAGGAGCAGCAGAGAAGUGAGAGAAACUGAGGACUCUGCCCCAGUUUUUCAGUAUGUGGGGGAGAGGGCCAAGCGGAAGGAGAGGGUGUUUGUCUGGGGUUUCUGUUAUGCUGGGGCCCUGGGGAUCCCCAGCUUCGUUAUGCCUGAUGCAGGCUGGAAAAAGCGCCGGAGGAUCCAGCCCACACCCUACCGCCUAGAAACAGCUGAGAAGAUAUCCUCUGCAGCAUGUGGCUAUGGCUUCACUCUAAUAUCCUCAAAAACCACUGACAUUACCAAAGUUUGGGGCAUGGGGCUGAACAAGGAUUCUCAGCUUGGCUUUCAGAGAAGCAGGAAGGAUCAAACUAAAAGCUAUGAAUGUGUCUUGGAACCAUCUCCCAUUCCAUUACCACUGGACACUCCCCAGGAGACUCGGAUCUUGCAGGUGUCUUGCGGGAGAGCUCAUUCCCUGAUCCUGACGGACAAGGAAGGAGUCUUCAGCAUGGGCAACAAUUCCUAUGGGCAGUGCGGCCGAAAAGUUACUGAAGGUGAAAUUUACAGUGAGAGCCAUCUAAUUCACCGACUGCGAAAGUUUGAAGGCAGGGUUGUGCAGAUUGUCUGUGGGCAGGAUCACAGUCUGUUCAGGACGGAGAGAGGCGAUGUUUACUCCUGUGGAUGGGGAGCUGAUGGACAAACAGGUCUUGGCCAUUACAAUAUCACCAGCGUGCCCACCAAACUGGGCGGAGAUAUUGCUGGAGUAAAUAUCGUUCAGGUUGCCACCUAUGGGGACAGCUGUCUGGCUGUAUCUGAUGAAGGAGAUCUCUUUGGAUGGGGAAACUCUGAAUACAUGCAGCUGGCUUCCAUCACAGAGACGACACAGGUGAAUGUUCCGAGGCACUUACCAUUCAAGAUUGGGAAGAUAAAGGAUGCUGCAUGUGGAGGGACAGGCAAUGCUGUUGUAAAUGAAGGAGGAAAUGUCUUUGUCUGGGGAUAUGGAAUUCUUGGGAAAGGACCAAACCUGAUGGAAACAGCAACUCCAGAAAUGAUCCCACCCACCCUCUUUGGCUUGUCAGACUUCAGUCCAGACACCCGUGUUUCUCGCAUUCGCUGCGGACUCAGCCAAUUUGCUGCACUUAACAACAGAGGAGAGCUGUUUGUGUGGGGCAAGAAUAUAAGGGGGUGCCUGGGGAUUGGAAGAAUGGAAGACCAGUAUUUCCCAUGGAGGGUGACAGUCCCAGGUGAGGUAGUUGAUGUGGCUUGUGGAGUUGAUCAUAUGGUAACUCUGGUUAAAUCAUUUAUCUAGCAGCUGUGCUGUACCUCAGCUACACAUUGGGAACGGAUGGUAAAAGAUGCACCCAUGACGGCUCUUUCAGGAAGGAGAACCCUUUGUGCUCAUGUUCAGUGGAUAUAAUAUGGCACUGACUGCACGCACUUGGCGUGUGAAGAACCACGGCUAUGCUUGGAACUUUAACUGUUUCUCCAGAGCCUCCAGUGACUCUUUGGGAGGAACGUAAGGCUCUCUCCCAUAGGGAUGUGCAUAUCAAACACUUUUAAUGGGCUGCUGAAAAGAUUCCAACUGUCCUGCUGCCAAACUCCCAGGCAGCAAUACUCUGAUGCCCAUUUUACUGUGUUCCUCCAUAAGGAAAUUGCAGGAUGUAACGCUAUGUGCACUUACUUGUACACAUGGCAGUAGAACUUUAAACGCCACUGCGAGGGCGUGAUGGUCUUCUCAACCAUGUUUCUGAAAGGGAAAGUUAUAGUAUGGGCUGAAAUAAAUAUAUGCUAAUA